GCCUCACACAGCUUUCUGCCCCCCCCCCAAUUCGAAAACUGUUUCUGCCUUCCAACUUCCAAGAAACAUUUAGUGCGUCUGAAUUGCUGCACAUGUCAACCUCGUUCCUCUUCUCUCUGAAGCUGCCUCGGUAGAGUUGCCAUUCACUUGCUAUCCUAGUAUCCUGCGUCCUUGUUCUCUUAGUUGUGGGAACUUAGCCCGCCGUGCAUGGGACAAACUAAAGCCCGAGUAGAAAAGGCCCGUUGAUACCCUCUUUCCUCCUUCAACAGCUUCACUUACUCGCAGAAGCGGCCGGCCUUCGUCCUCAGCACCUUCAUUCCCAUUUUCGACGUAAACCUUGACGAUUGAGACAGGAUAUCUCUCCCCGUCCGAAGUCGCGUGCCCCAGUUCCGCUUUGGGAUCCUGCGGCAAACUUGGUACAUCUCGUUUCGAACUUCUUCGACCAUCGACCUCAACAUCAGAUUUGACCACCAGCUCAAGCGCUGAGCAAGAUGUCUUCUGCCACCGUCCAAUUCUCCUUGCCCGACUCCUCCAUUUUUCAAUUCCCACCUAGCAACGAACCGGAAACUCUACCGCCGCCGAUUCCAGGCUCCACUCUGUCUGCCCCACCAUUCUCGAUAUCUGCCUCCGUCUACAAUGGAGCUCUCGACGCCAGGGUCCCUAUCACGAUUGCGUGUGUUUACGCGGCUACAGUGACGGCAUUGAAUGCAUAUAAUCGAAAGUACGGGAAUAAGCCAUGGAAAAUUAGCAAGACGAAGUCUUUCUUCUGGUUUGUGGUGGCUCAUAAUGUGUUCUUGGCCGUAUAUUCUGGGUGGACAUUUGUGGGUAUGCUGCGGGCUCUUCAAAAGUCGGUUUCAAACCCUAUGGGGCCCGCAGGACUGCCAGGAACAGUGGACAGCUUGUGCAAAGUGCAUGGGAUUUCAGGGCUUGGAAAUGCGGUCGCAUAUAAUGGAACGGCCUCGCAAUGGGUUUCUGAAUCCCCCUCAGUUUUGUUGAGCAGUGCGGGAACCCCAGAUCCUACCGAUCUGGGACGAUUAUGGAAUGAGGGUUUGGCUUUUUACGGCUGGUUCUUUUACCUGAGCAAGUUCUACGAGGUUCUCGAUACCGCGAUUAUCAUUGCCAAGGGGAAGAGAAGUUCGACGCUGCAGACAUAUCAUCACGCUGGGGCAAUGAUGUGCAUGUGGUCUGGAAUUCGAUAUAUGUCUCCACCUAUCUGGAUGUUUGUCUUCGUCAACUCGGGAAUUCAUGCACUGAUGUACACCUACUACACCUUGACUGCAUUUUCCGUCCCAAUUCCCCAGUCUUUAAAGAGGAGCCUUACCACCAUGCAAAUCAUCCAAUUCCUCGUUGGAGCUUCCUAUGCAGCUCUCCACUCUUUCGUCUCCUACACCAUUCCAGUUCAAGUCCCGGAUCUUACAGCUUCAGCACAAUAUACUGCCUCAGCUGCCGUCUCAUCUGUUGCUGCCGUUGCCAGCUCAGCAGGUUUUGGUGAACUGGUGAAGAAAUUUUUGUUCCGAGCAGCAGGUGAAGGCCUUGCCGAGAACGUCAACGGGGGGCACUCAAUAGGACAAGGGGCAAAGGGCUCAUCCGGUGCUAUCCAAUACCGUACUGAAUACCAGACAGUCCAAUGUAUUGAUACCAGCGGCCAAACCUUCGCCAUCUGGUUCAACGUCUUCUACCUGACCCCUCUGACGGCAUUGUUCGUUAGAUUUUUCGUCAAAAGCUACCUCCGAAGAACCCAAAAAGGAGCAAAGGGUCACACAACGAAGCAUGGAGCAGCUGAGAAGGCUGGCAAGGAUGCCCUGAAGGGUAUGGAGAGAGAAAUCUACAUGAACGGAAAUACGAACGGCCACGCAAACGGAAAGGCAAACGGCCAUGCUAACGGAAAGGCAAACGGCCAUACUAACGGAAAGGCUAACGGAAAGCAUUAGACAACAGUAGAGAAAGAAUAUGACUGAUGAAGAGAGGUUGCGGAAGAGUGGAUUGUCAUUUUGUGGUGUUAUUAGCGCAGCAUCCAGGCGUUUACACGGCCUCGUCUUUUAGAAGGGUUUUGCAAAAGUCGAAAAGAUACUGUACAAUAGAGUGCUUACACAUAUAAUGUACAUUUUGAGCACAUGGUAUGGAAUACGUGCCAUUCGUAAUCGCCCC